AUGUUGCUUCUGCAAGCUCUGAGAUCACUCAUGAAGAUCUGUGUCAAGAGGCGGUCUGUGGUGACUUUCUUGGCUCUCUUCACCUUGUCUGUGGUCUUAAUCAACACCAUUCCCCUGUUUCCCACGGAGACAAUGACACUUCCCCCACGAGACCUGAAAACUGCUAAAACACCAGACAACUCUAACGGCACAAAGCCAUGUAAGCAGAAAUGCAUCCAGGGUGGAGGUGGCCAUGAGAGUGUGGCAGUGGGAGAGGUUGAGAAGACCCAGCAGACGGUCAGAGAGGUCUCAGGAGAAGAGACUGCACAUGAACAAAAUCCUGAAGGCUUCUGGAAGAGGAGUUCACAUUCUUUGGCUGAAAAAGAGAGCAUACUGAGAGACCAGAUGCGAGGAGAGAAGUCGGAUCUGUGCCAGAUAUCUCAUGACAAAUGGAACGAGAGCACACCUGAGUCCCUUCCCUGGUUAAGUGCAGAUGAUGUGAAGAAGAUGGCCCUCCUCUCAGGUGGCGUAGUCCUCAGCAAGGCCAGGAUUCCAGGACAUGGUCAGGUACUUCAGGUUGGCCUGGGGGCCGGAGAGACAGCGGCCGUGCCGGACCACAGGCAGCACUGUCAGUCAGGAUCAUGUGCUCUAAUCAAGCGGCCCAGUGAUUGGUUUGAGGUGCUGGCUUUUCACCUGGACAGGGUACUGGAACUGAACAGAAGCCUUCCCUCCAUGCUCAGGAACUUCAAAAGCAAACUGCUACCAUACAGGUAUAUCAGUGGUACCUCUAGACCAGUUGUGUGGUGGGAUCCUGACAUUCAACACCUGGCGGAGGUGGACAAUGACCAAAACUCCUUCUCCCUCUCCUGGCCACUGUACCAGAAGGUUCUGCAGAGCAGGUGUGGGGCCCGCGUGUCCCUGAAUGCCACACCAUGUGUGGGGGUACACCACUCUGAAUGGGGCCGCCUGGCACUGUUUGACUUCUUGCUGCAGGUGAAUGACCGUUUGGACCGCUACUGCUGUGGAUUCAGACCAGACCCCUCGGAUGUCUGCCUGGAGAAUAUGUUGCAUGUUAAAUGCAAAAGCCCUAAUGACCUUCUUCUUGUACAUAUCCUGGUGAGGAAGGCUGAUCCCUCCAGGCUGGUAUUUAUAGACAAUGCAGGUCGGCCACAUCACCCUCAUGACAACCUCAACUUUCGAUUAGUGGAGGGCAUUGAUGAGUUCCCUGAGCGAGCUGUGAGCAUCCUGCAGUCAGGCUGUCUGGAGAGCAUGCUCCUGAGGUCUCUGUCUGCGGACCGGGUGCUGUGGGAGAGCAGAGGAGGAGCAGAGGGCCUGAGGCCCAUCAUCCACACCAUUCAGCAGCGAGGGACAAUCCUGCUGCAGCACAUCCACAACAGGAGACUGAGACUCAACAAGGAUCUGUGACAGUGGUCAUGAGCAACAUGCAUGGUCUUUCCAAGGGCAGCCUUACACCAGAAUGUAUCCAGGCAUAAGAGAGCUAAGGAAUAGGUGCACACAGAGGUGAAUAGAAGACGCCAGGGGAGCAGGGAUUGUGUAAGCUGCUACAAAGUCAUCAGGGAUCUGCUAUAGCACACAGUGCUACCAACACAUAGGAAGCCUGUUACAGUUUUUCUCAGUCGCUUUGGUGCUUUUUGCA